AUGCUCCAUUUUGAUGACUACUUGCUUACCUAUCACAUCUCUCAAGUUUUACCUAAACCUGGCCUAUCUCUCUUGACUGAGGCCAACUACAAUAGUAUGAUGAAAUGGGUCAAUGGAAUGGCUGUGAAGGUUCCAACUAUCAAUGUCAAUGUUAUCCAAACACAACCUGCUAGCAACAACAAUGAAAACCAGAAUAACUAUUUCAUGAUUUUUCCACAGAAAGAGUCAGCUGUGAUUCUUCCAGGAAAUGAAAAGAAAGUCAAAAACAUUCAGCUUUUACAAGAUUGCUGGAUCUGCAAAAAGACUAACUCUGCCUGUGCAUCGACCCAUUGUUAUGUGAUUCCUGGAUCCAAAGAAUACUUUCCACUCGGACAUCAGCAACUUGCCUGCUGGGCUUCUGCAAUGACCAUCAGCCCAGUCUUACAGCACCAACUUGAUGCACAGGCCAAGAUAGUGACAGGACCUGCAUCUUCAACUCCUGUCAUCAAUGUCACAUUCGGCAAUGGGUUUGCAAGUUUUUUCAAGUCAAACCACAUAGCUCCGAAUAUAAUAACCUCAGAAAUUGGGCCAGCACCAAUCUCUAAAUCUUCACUUAUUCCCCCAUCGCAUAAGCCUGGCAAUGACAUGUCUAUCAUGGCCUUCUGUGCCCUGUACCAGCUUGAUAACAGUAUUGCUACGAAAUUUGCUUCUCAUUCAUUCAAGGAAGCACACUUACUCCACUAUGUGACCUUUUCGGACCUCAAGGAGAUGGAGUUCAAGUUUGGUAAGAUAGCUGCAUUACACGAUGCUGUUGGGAGGUGGUUUAUUCCUACUAGUAUAGCAUAA